GAGAGAGAGAUAGAUAAAGAGAGAAGAUAAAAUCUUUGAUGUCCACAGUCUCUCUCUCUCUCUCCUUCUCCUUGUUGAACUUCCUCUCUCAAAAACGACGUAGUUUUCUCCAUCUCCGCUAGCUUUAAUGGAGUUUGAAGACAACAACAACAACAACGAAGAAGAAGACGAAAUGAAUCUUCACGAGGAAGAAGAAGACGACGCCGUUUACGACUCUCCUUCUCUUCCUCCUCCUUCUCGUGUCCUCAAGGCCUCCACAGAGAGCCCUGAAACCGCCGGAACAACUUCCACCGGCGGUGGAGGAUUCAUGGUAGUUCACGGAGGUUCCGGAGGAAGCAGGUUUAGGUUCCGUGAGUGUCUCAAGAACCAAGCGGUGAACAUAGGAGGACACGCGGUGGAUGGUUGCGGCGAGUUUAUGCCAGCUGGAAUCGAAGGUACCAUCGACGCGCUAAAAUGCGCCGCUUGUGGCUGUCACCGUAACUUCCACCGCAAGGAACUACCUUACUUCCACCACCACGCGCCGCCGCAACAGCCUCCUCCUCCACCGCCGGGAUUCUACCGUCUUCCAGCUCCGGUGAGUUAUCGACCACCACCGUCACAAGCUCCUACUCUUCAGCUCGCUCUUCCUCCUCCACCACAAAGAGAGAGAUCAGAAGAUCGAAUGGAGACUUCUUCUGCGGAGGCAGGAGGAGGAGGAGGGAUUAGGAAGAGGUUUAGGACUAAAUUCACGGCGGAGCAGAAAGAGAGGAUGUUAGGUUUAGCUGAGAGGAUUGGAUGGAGAAUUCAGAGACAAGACGAUGAAUUGAUUCAGCGAUUUUGUCAGGAGACUGGAGUUCCCAGACAGGUUCUUAAGGUUUGGUUACAUAACAACAAACACACUCUUGGUAAGUCGUCGUCGCCACCACUUCAUCAUCAUCAUCAUCAUCAGAAUCCAACUCCUCCUCCUCCACAGUCUACUUCGUUUCAUCAUGAACAAGACCAACCAUGAAUCUUGCAUUUUCUUGAUCACUACUACUAGGGUUUUAAUUUUUAGCUAAUUUGUUACUUGAGAAAAUUUGAGAGGGUUUUUUAUUGUUUAAUUUAUGUACCCAUUUUCGUCUGUUGAUGAUGUUGAUCUUUCUGGUUAAUUACGUUUUUCAUUA